AUGUCGUCCGAGGAGCAGUACUCGUCCUCAGACGAGGCCGUGCCUGUCAAGAAAGCGCGUUCCAAGAAGAGGCGCGUGCAGACGGCACGCGCGUGCGAGCGCUGCAGGUCCAAGAAGACGCGCUGUGAUGGCGUACCCGGUGGAAUUCCGUGUUCGCAGUGCACUGCGGCAGGAACGAUAUGCGUCUUCUCCGACAAGCCCAAGAAACGACGUGACAAAGCGUACAUUGACGGUCUCGAAUCACGGGUUGAACGACUACAACAUCUACUCGAACGCUUGCACCCCGGAGAAGACUUCACCGGCGAGGCGAACGACAAUGAACAUGCUCUUGAAUCCCAAGUCAACGCCUCGCGGGGGACUGGUACCGUACGGACGGUCGAGGACGAACUGGGUGUCAAUGAGUCUUCUACAUUCGAACCUGGUUUGUAUGCCAGUGGUAAGGGCAAAGCUCCAGAUUCUCGGGGGUCAGCCACAUCCAACACUGCCAGCUCCGAAAAUGGCGACGACCCGUACACAUCAUAUUGGCCUGAUGCCAUAGACGCGAUGAGGGAGAACCCCCAGAUCGGCAACCCCGUCGAUCACUACUUUGGCGAAAGUAGUGGCGCGCGCUUUGUCACUACUGCAUUGAGCAUCCGCUCCAAACUGGAAGGGACUGAACAGGAUGUUAUGCAGCAAGUUGCAGAGACCGCAAAGGACCGCCCGGACUUUUGGAAGCCUCACCCGUGGGAGCUACAACAGUCUGCGCCUAAACAAACACCGUUCAUCUUCCCGGAUCCGGACCUUCUCAAACACCUCACCGAGUCCUAUUUCACCACCUCACACCUUAUCUCACCUAUCCUGCAUCGUGGCACAUAUGAAAAGGAUCUGGCAGCGGGGAAGCAUCUGAAGGACGUCGGCUUCGCUUCUGUUGUUCUCCUCGUGUGCGCAAUCGGUGCCCGCAUGAGCAAUGACCCUCGUGUACUUAUCGACGACACGGGAGAGCCCAGACACCUACACUCUGGCGGCUAUGAGUGGUACAGCCAGGUGCAACUCGUGCGCAACGCCGCGCUUGCCGUGCCGACAUUGCACGAUCUACAAGCUGUAGCAUUAGGGACGGCAUACUCCGUCGGAACAUCGCCGGCGCGGGCAUCGUGGAUCCUGGCCAGUACUGGCAUCCGAAUGGCCAUGGACAUGAGUCUACACCGCCGUCACAAGACCAUGAGGAAUACACUCGAAGGCGAGUUGUGGAAACGCGCCUUCUGGGUGCUUAUAUUCCUCGACGUGUGGAACAGCUCUUUUCUUGGGCGCCCGACGGCCAUAGCUCUUGAUGGCUUUGAUGUUGACUUCCCUACCGACGUCGACGAUCGGUAUUGGACGCAUGAUGAUCCGGCCAAGGCAUUCGUACAGCCACCUGGCGAAUACUCAGGCGCGGCCUAUUUCAUGUACGGCCUCAAGAUCAUUCUGAUCCACGCCCAUGCUCUGCGCACCAUCUACUCUCCGGACAAAGGACGCUCGAUCGCGAAGCUGGGGCGAGAGGAAUGGGAGCGGCGCGUGACGACCGAACUUGACUCUGCGCUGAACCGUUGGUCGGAUUCACUGCCCGAAUACCUCCAGUGGAACGACGUCUUCUUGGACCCUGGGGUUGAACCGAAUGAUCAGAAGAUCAUCCAGACCUCCGUACUUCACUUGCUAUACCUUCAUACACGCAUCACCAUCCACCGUCCAUUCGUCGCGCCAGCCGAGGGCAGCUCACAACUUUCACUCCCCAGUCUAACGAUCUGCACGAGCACCGCGCGCUCUAUAGUGCAUGUCAUCCAGGCGCAACGCCGUAUCCUGCCGAACGUCGUUCUGCAAGUUCCUAUAGUUCCUUCAUUCAUGGCCGGCAUGGUGCUUCUGUUGCGCGUUUGGUUCGCAAAGCGCGCGGGAAUGCGUGUUGAUUCACUGGCUGACAUGAAGUACGUGUUUGCUGUCAUAUACUUCAUGGACGAGGCGGAGGCCAGGUGGCCACUCGCUGGUCGUCUCAAAGACUUAUUGCGAGCUCUAGCUAACUUCGGCGAACUUCCUCUGCCUCCCGCAGUCAGCACGAAGCGGUCUCGUGGGGGCGGAGAACCACAUUCCACACCGCGUCCGGCGCCACACGCAGCUUCAGCGUCACACCAGCCGGCGUUCGCCCAAUACUCCACUGAUUCUGUGAGCAGAAGCUCUAAGUGGCCGGCAGAGCAACCAGCGGAGAAAGCUGCCGCGUCCAGCUCAUCUAUCCAGUUGAGCUUUGGACCGCCCCUUGCUCGACGUGCCGACGGAUUGUACCCGUUCGACCCCGCGUCGACUGGCAUGUCCACCAAUGCCACGCCAUAUGCCUACAUCGCCACGCCUAGCAGCUCACAGGAUCCCGAGCCCUACUAUUCCGCCGACAACACAACCUCACAUGCCACACACCCUUUCCCGUCGUCUUAUCCCUCGAUACCCUUGGAUCCCAGCACAACGUAUCCGAUGAGGCCUCAUACUUCGGCCCCGUCCUUCGCGUCCUAUCGUCAUACACCGACAGAGGUCUACCCUGUCAACUACGGCGAUUCCGGCUACUUUGCUGCCACGGGGACUCACAAUACGGAUCCUCCACUCUCGGAAUCGAUCGAGAUGGAUGACUCGCACUUCAUGAAUCUUAUGGCGCCCGGAAUGGGCCAGCACGCACCCAUGGCGACAAUGUGGUCUUCGUUGCCGGCGACAUUCCAAAUGGAGGACUGGGAUCGAUACGUGUCAACUAUGGCUGGGUUUGCUAGCGGAAGCCAGGAACAGGGUGGUGUUCUCGGUUGA